AUGUCUGACUCGGAUCGCUAUUCCAUGCCAGAUCAGCAGGCUCGCUUCGCUCGAGCCAAAAAAGAGAGCAACGAACGCUAUCUUGACAUUACCACGGUAUACGACCCAGCCUUUCUCAAGGGCAAGCGUGUUGCCGUAACGGGAGCCAACCGAGGCAUCGGUCUGGCCUUGGCCAAGGAAUUGACUGAAGCUGGAGCCAAACUCGUCGCCAUAGUUCGUUCAACUUCGGAUGAACUCGAAAAACUAAAUCCUGACGAGCUCAUUAAGGGUGUAGACCAGACCAGCAAUGAGCUGUGUGUGGACCUCGAACAUGCCAUAAAAGGUGGCCCCAUCGAUAUUCUUAUCAAUAACGCGGGCUAUUUUAUGCGCGAAGAAGAAACCUUGGAUAAUCUAGACUUCAAUGAGCAGCUCAAGACGAUCGACAUCUGCGCCAUUGGACCGCUUCGAGUAACUUCCGCGCUUCUUCGCGCAGGGGCGCUUCUGGACGGGUCCAAGGUGGUCAUGAUUACCUCCCAGGGCGGUUCUGUCACAUGGAGAACUACCCAGAAUCCUGACGGUCACGAUUAUGGACACCACAUGUCCAAGGCGGCGGCCAACAUGAUGGCGGCGCUGUUGGCACAAGAAGUCAAAAGCAAAGGUAUCGCUGUUGGUAUUUUUCAUCCGGGUUUCAAUAAGACGGGCAUGACCGAAAAGUAUAAACAAAUUUGGGAAGUAGAAGGUGCUGUUGAUGCCGCAGUUGGUGCCAAGCGCAUCAUGCACGAAGCUGGGAAACUUUCUAUGGAAACGAGCGGCAAGUUUAUUAAUUGCGAAGAUGGACUCGAAAUUCCAUUCUAA